AUGUCUCAGGCUUUCAAGGACGUCGACGCAUGUUUCGGCUCUUCAGACUCUAAACAAGUCGCCUUGGACGCCUUUCUCAAGUUGAAGGAAACGAAGGCCCUGCAAACUUGGACCCCUACGCACUUCAAACUACUUUUGGAGCGGAUGCUUGUGGGCCCAUGGGUCGACGAAGAUCGAAUAGCAAUCAUCGAUGACACGAGAGCAGACCUUGGGAUCAAAGCCAACCACGAGUACCGAUGGCGACUGGCAGGCGUGUACGCCGACACCGACGCCGCGAUCGUGCGGGCGCGGGAGGAGCAUCAGAGGGGGCUAGAUAUACUGCGAAAGGCGUAUGAGCAGAACCCGAGUCUUGCCCUCAAUCGUCGUGUGAUGAGGAAAGAAUUGCAGGGGAAGAGGUACAAGUCUGUCCGCUGGCUUCUUAGGUUGGAGGAAACCGUCAAGGCGGCGUUGGAGGAGUAUCCUACUAGCCACUGCGACCGGUUCCUGGACCUCAUGUUCAAAGCCAUCGCGCGGCGGCGAGACGUGCCCUUGCUGGAGAAGUGGAUGAGCAUUGUUCGCCACUCGUCUGUUCGACCAGGUCCCGCUGCUUAUAGCGCGAUCAUCGACGCGUACGGGGAGACGGGGAACCUGUCUCAAGCAGAGAACUGGUACCACAAUUUCCUAAAGACAACGCUUCCCAAGCAAGAGACUGUGUUCGUGGCAUAUGCAAACGCUUUAGUACGCGGGGGGAAGGUCAAAGAGGCCCGAGUGUUUUUGGAAGAGCUGAUCGAAACGACUUUGGAGAUGAAGAUCUCCCGGCCAACUUACACGGCCCUCAUCAAGAUCUUCAUCCUGGACAACGACGCCGAGUCCGCACAGAUCUUUGUCAGGAAGCUCGAGAACAGAAACAAGCCGGGGGUGCCGCCACCCGACGGAAACAUGUACGCCGCCAUCUUGGAGUGUGCAUUGGAAAACGACUAUUACGCAUUCUCCCAACGGUUGGUGGAAAAGCUUAUGAGAUACCCGUUCCAUUGGGCGCACAACUCCCGCCUUCUCUCGUCGUACGGUGAGCUGGCCAUCAAGAACGGCGACCUGGACGCCGCGCUCGCGGUGUACCACCAGCUCUACGGCUGCAACGCCAUCCCGCACCCGGACUUCACGCGCGCGCUUGUCCAGGCCCUCACGCACGCCGAUCGAAGAGGGGAUGUGUUCGAUAUGCUUGGCAACCUGUUGACAAAACUGCGCCGACGCAGGGAUCUGAGCCAGUUGAAGCACCGCCGGGAUAAGAACUGGACGGUGCUCAUCCGUCAGAUCGUGCAGUUUGACGACACGGACUUUGACCUGCUCCUCUUGGCGCAUGAGGUGAUACUCAGAAGCUACACGCCGCAUAUGUUUGACUUGACGGGCCGCGCGCUGAUUGCCGCUUACGACAGGGUCCGGGAGGGCAGGGGCCCGAUUUCGAGGAAGCUGGUGGCGGAGGAUUUCUUGACGAUCUACCACGCGCUGUUUUUCAGCCACAUGCCGAGCGCGGAGAUUGCCGCAAGGGUGUUGGUGUAUUUGGACGAUAUGAACCGCGCGGGUCUGCAACCGACCAAUCAUAUCGACGAGCUUGUCCGCAAAGGACUGGCAAGAUGCUCCCCAUCGUUGCCGGAGGAAGCGACGAAGUGGCGGCUGAGUAUAGCCGCCGGACCUCCUCCGCGCUCCGGACCGGCGGAAGAACCAAAGAAGAUUAUGGUAAGGACACCGGAGCACACUCGACCCAGGGCCCCUCUGGCGACCCUCCAUUCCUUUGAUAAGCAAAUCGGCGAUCUCUGCGAGCGUGGCCAUCGCACGGAAGCAAUGAUCCUCCUCCGCUACAUCGGGUCCGACGGGCAGAUGCCGUCCCCGCACGUGUACGGCCAGCUGGUGCAUCUCUGCACACGCGAGCGGGAUUUCAAAUCCCUUGAUUACCUGUUCGGGAUGUAUAAACAGUUGUUCAGGCAGUCGGACACUGCGGACAGGGGCGACUUGCAGAUGUUGACAGAGUACGAGGGUCAUUUGGCGAAAGGGACGCUGUUGGCGCAUUUGGAGAGCGAGAAGCACGGCGGACAGGUGAUUACCGUCUUGGAUAUUUACAAGUCCAUGGCGUCCAUGAAGGCGCUGUUCGGAUAUAACCCUUAUGGGGUGAAAGACUACGAGCAGCUCUUUGAGGCGAUCUAUGACCGGGCCGAGCGAAAGCAGGUGCCUGCUCUACGCGGGCCCCAGGACGUGCAGGCCCUCAUGUCCGCUUACAAAGAAUUCCGCGCUCUCACCGCGUCCUCGGUCCCGGAAGACGACGUCCCACGCCAAACUCACCUCGCCAACACCCACCUCACCCUCCUCCACAUUUUGAUCGCCACCGACCGCACCCAGGCGGCCAUCACCGUCUUCAACGACAUCGUCAACAUCCCCAACAUCGAAAGCUACAUCGACACCGGCAUGAUCUAUCAUGCCAUCCUCACCCACCUCGCCACCACCCCGUCCCGCACCCGCCAGAUGCUCACCCACACCGCCGUCGCGCUCUACUACAAGUACAUUGGCGCCCACGCCGACGCGGCCCCGGAUCCGCGGCUCGUCAACGCCAUGAUCCUCGUCUACGGCGCCGCGGGCAACCAGGACGGGUUGGACCGGAUGUUCCGACUUGCGGCAUACCGGGACGUGCGGAUCCCACCCGAGACGUGCAACACGCUCCUGGCGACGCUGGCGAAGUCCACGGACCUGCAGUACGCGAAUCUGGUGAAGGUGCGACGCAAGGUCGAGGAGAUGGGGUACACGCUGACGGCGGGCACGUACGAGGCGCUGAUUGCGUAUCUGACGUCUGUCCGGCGGCGGGAUCUCGCGGAGGCCGAACGCGUGUAUGCCGAGAUGCUGCAGCGCGGGUUGGCCCCGACGAAGCGGGUGUUGGAGGAUCUGGUCGCGGCGGCGUUGGAGAGCCGCCCGCGGGGGUACACCGACACGCGACCGGCACCGCCCCCGCCGACGGACGCGCUGGCGAAAGCACGCGUCUACCGUGCUGCGUGUGUCGCCGCCCACGGCACCUCGACGAUGAAGCUCGACUCCGCGAUCCUCACCCACCUGCUUGGCGUGCUGCGCGAUUACGACGCGGCCAAGGAGAUGUAUCGGCGCAUGGAGGUGCGCCAUCGCAGCCCGAAGGUGUAUGCCGCGGUGGUGCGCGCGGCGGUGGAUGCGAGUCGCGGGGUGUUUGUGAAGAUGGAGCAGACGAGUCAGGGGAGCGGGGAUGACUCUACCCAGGCCGACGACACGACACCCGCAGCAUCGGAUGGGGACUCGGCAGCGACUCGCAUGCAAACGCAAACGCAGGCGCAGAUACACCACGACCCGGAAACGGAGCUCCGCUUCGCACGCACGGUCCUGGACGAGAUGAAGACGGCAAAGCGGGGCACGCCGGCUGUGAACCUUAUUGCGCAGUGUGAGGCGAUGGUGGUGGAGAGGGAGAGGGAGGUUGAGAGGGCGGGGAGAGUAGUUGGGGAUGUGGGGUGGGCGUAG